AUGUGUCAAGCCCUCAAGAUAAUAUUCAGCUGCACCCACACAGCCACGGAGGUCCAGGGGCGUUUAUGCAAUCAGAGUACUCAACUACUGGAGUCGCGCAGCGUGGAUGCUGCCAACCGUCGCCCUCUGGACACGUCAAGGAGUCUCUGUCCCGAAGUUUCACACAUGUUUGCCACCGCACACCGAACCGUCCACGCCAGCGAAGACUGCGGCAACGGAAGUCCGUUCAUGUCCUGUGUACAAAGACAGUCUCUCGACUACGUCCGAGAAGGGGUCCUGCGUCUGUGUGAGCAGAAAUCGAGGUCGGCUUUUGCAAGACUGGCUCGGAAGCACAAGCGGCUCCUGAAUCUUAAGAGUCACCUGCGCCAGGAACCAUCGGCAUCGGCCAACGACCAGGCAGCGUAUACCACAUUGGCGAAAUUGAUAAGUGACGCACUUCAAAGGUAUCUGAUGAUUUUUCAAAACUUGAACGAGGCAUGCAGGCGGUGCGGCCACGUCAUCCUGGUGCGGAAUGGUAUCGGAGAGGGACCCAAUCUGAGUAUCGAAACUCUGGCGGAACUUUACGGAGCCCCAAUCAAUCUAGUGAUAUGGGAGGGAUUGCCGCAUUUUGAAGAAGUAGUACUGGGUGCUGAAAAAGAAAUACGGGAGGCAUUCCCACAUCGGUUCCCACCUGCACCCGCGCAAUAG